CUUUUACUUACUUCACACAUUGAUACAAUGCUUAUAACUACCUAGAUCGUUGUUUACUAACAAUUGAGGAUUUGGGCAGAGUAAAUGUCUUCAGUCGGCUGGCGAAUGCUAUGACCGAGCUGUGAUGAUGGCAUUACGUCAUUAAAUCUGGCACAUGAUAUGAACUUGCAUCCUAGCAAUGUGCCGUCCGCAUUCCUUCUUCCACAACUAUCACCACGACAGCGAAAUUUAUGUCCACGACGACCAGACGCCUUUCUACACGGCGUGGCUCCAUCUCCGCCAACGAUCCGUACGGAAUACAUGAAAACCAUGCCGACCCAGAGUCGACGAGCAGGCUAUCCAUCCUGCGGGUCACUUCAACGGCUAUGCAGCUCAAGCCUCCCCCAGCUCCCCGCCUCAGUUUUGCAUCGUCAUCGUUUAACCAACCAUCGAGCCCUCGUCGCGCUUCGCAGUCUAUCAGCCACGCCCUGACCCCAGACGAACUCGUCCAGCUCGCACGUUCACCAACAGAGAGCUCCCCAGCACUGCAACCCACCUUUACGCCGUUACCUGAUGAUAUCCUUCUUCCAUUCAUUGAUCGCCCAGCUGAGGUUUCCGCACUUAUUUCCAGCCCACCUUCCUCUCGACUGUUCGCCCUGUUACAGCUGACCUUCACUGGUACCAAGACACAUUCUGCUGUAGACCCGGCAAAGUGGUCGUACGCGCAACUCCAUGAUUGGCUCGUCAAGACCACCCGAGAAGAGGCAUCUGACACCCUGUGGGUUGCCUAUGCCCGGGCGUGUAUUCUGGCUCACUCAGAACUUAUAUGGGAACGUGUAAAGGGUGCUCUAGGCAUCCCGCCAGAGCUCGAUAUCUCAGACGAUGGGCUCGACACAUCUGACAUGGAAGACGGAGGUAGAAAAGCAAAAGGACGUUGGGAGGAUUGGGAUGCGAUCAUGGAAUCGUCGGUGGGGAUUACUCAGCAGCCAUCUGUUGAAAGGCCGACGCUGUCGCCAUCGUCUUCAUCAUUGCACAUCGAACCCAUCCUGUCAUCGCCUGCAGCAAGCCCUUUCUAUUCUUCGCCUUCCAAUAACACUAUUGGCCUCGGCGGAAUUAAGGAGGAGGAGGAGAGCGUUACAAGCACCACCCCAUCAGAAGAUGAAGAAGCCAUCCUCCCCGCACAAAUACAUGGCCUUCGUAUCAGUACGACACCGUCCCAAUCUACGUCUACGUCACGGGCCAUUAUAUCCCCGGCACCCUCGCCUACUGUGUCUCGUCGUUCAAGCACCGGGACGCGACGACCUAGUUUCGGCACCUCCACCAGUCCCCACAGCCGGAGUCCGGUCCUCACAGGCAGACGCUCCAGGCCAUCAUCUAUAUCCUCAUUCUCCACCCUAAGUCUUGGACAGUAUCCAUCUAAUGUGGAAGAACGUACAUCGCCGCUCUUCCCCAGCAGCUUUGCUGCACUCAAGUCAAAGGGUAAAGCCUUGAUAUAGGCCAUGAUAGUGAGCCGCUCGUCGAGAAAAGCGUUCAAUGGAUAAGACGCACAAAAAUAUUAUCUUUCUUCUGGUUUUGGAAUACAUGGAUCACAACUAUUGUAUGGGUAUAGUCACUGGAAAAUGUAACAAUCGACACGCGAGCUGCUUCUCGGAGUAACCUUGACUCCCAUUAGACUGCGUGCGAACGAACGCCUGUAUUGAUUUCAGUCUUCUUUGUCCUUCUGAUACUGACUCUUUUCGUGCACCGCACUCCAACUGCUACUCUAGG